AUGGUCCAAACAACAUCUGUCUGGGGCGCUCUGUCCCUAGUUCUCCACCUUACGAACCUCCAGAGCUUCGUUUUAGCGGCCGAAAUUAAAUCUCGUCAAACGGCGGCCACUCAGGUUGUCAAACUCGCCUCAACUGAAAAUUUGGCCGUCCGUUCAAAUGGACAGAUCCUCGCAACCAACAUGAACAGUGCGAAUUUGUACUCUGUGGACCCAGUGGCAAAGACAUCAACAACAGCCAUAUCGGUCACUGGAGCCACUGGACUAAGUGGAAUCGGAGAGGUCUCGCCAGAUGUGUUUGCCGUCAUCGGGGGAAAGGGAAUCUACAAAGUUGAUUUCACGGGAAGCUCCCCAAAGUCAACACUUAUCAAACAGAUUACAGAAGCCUCGAAUCUGAACGGGUUGGCGGUGUUGAACAACGAUACGGUCUUGGUCGCCGACGCCGGGAAAGGCAGCGUAUUCCGAUUUACUAUUUCGACCGGCGCCUACUCGGUCGCUCUCUCAGAUCCAACGAUGGCUCCGACAGGUGGCAUCCCCUUUGGCAUCGAUGGCAUCAAAUAUAAGGACGGCGUGGUUUGGUACACCAAUAUCUUCAAGAACAGCUUCCACAAAAUACCCGUGGACGAGACUGGCAAGGCCACUGGAGCCGUUACCACACUCUGGACGAAUUUGAUGGGCGAUGAUCUCUGUUUCGGGCCAAAUGGCAAGAUUUAUAUUGCGACAAAUGGCGGAAAUUCUGUUGUUGAGGUCGACCCUGCCGUCGGCAAGCCAACGUCCAUCGCAACAGUCACGGGUUCUACUUCUUGUGGAUUUGGGCGCACCGAGAAAGAUAAGGACGUGAUAUACGUUGGGGCUGGUCAGGGCAUAUACGCAGUUACUGUUAAACUGUGA